GCCGAAUAUCCGCGACCAGUGUCUGCGAGCGGGUGUGUAUCCUACGAAAAAAGUGUUACAGUUACACAUUUGUAGUGAAUUCAGCAACACAAAUUUUUCUGCAUGAGAGAGAAAACUUGUAAUGCAGAAAUCCUACGAGAAAACACCUAUAAAACGAGGCUCCUAGUAUGCAUAUCCGGCAUGACAGAGCUUUUCUGUCUUGCUUGGCCUGCAACACAAUGUGUAAUUGUAACACUUUUUUCUUGCGAUAGUGUGCUACGAGCGGGGCGAGACGGUUGGUGACCGCGUCGGGUACCAGAUCCGAUUCGAGCGGAAGGUGCAAAAUGCGGACUGCGAGCUUCUGUACUGCACGGUCGGGAUACUGCUUCGCUUCCUGGUCGGCAAUCCGAAGCUGAAUGGCGUCGAUUUCGUUAUCGUGGACGAGGUGCAUGAGCGCGGUUUGCACACGGAUUUUGUUCUCCUCAUCCUGCGCGAUUUGGUCCGGGAAAGGAAGAAACUCGCGGAAGAGGGAAGGGGCGAAUAUGCAGUGCAAAAGCAUCGUACUAGUAUAAAUUGCAUGGCAAAUUGACUUAGCAUUACAAAUCAAAUUUGUAAUGCGGAUUUGCCUUGCCCUUGGAAACAAGAUUUGUAAUGCAAGACUUGCAUUUGUACGAGUCCGAUACUUUUGCACGGGAUAGCGGACCGCUGAAGCUGAUUCUGAUGUCCGCGACCAUCGACGCCAGCUCCUUUUUGGAGUACUUUGGCGAGAAGAACACCGGGCCGGGGUCGAUCCUGAACGAAAGCGAAGGAGCGCGGUUCUCCCGGAACCCGCUCACCGUGGACUUCAUCGACCUACCGGGUAAAACAAACUAUCCCAUCGAGGAGUUCUUCGCCGAAGACCUGUUCCUCCGUGGGGUUGUGGACCAAAAUUUCCACAUCAAGGGCGCCCGAGGACCCGGGGAGAAGAAAAAGUUGUGGCGUGGUCCUGGAUAUCAAAUGCAAAUAUGUCUGGGUCUGGAAGAAUGCAGCCUUGUCAUGCAUAUUUUCCAUGCCCCAUGGGGUCUGAAAUGCAGGGCCUAGCAUGACAGAUUCUGCGAAGUCUCUAUCAUGCCUAUCCUGCGUGAGAAACUCCCGCUCAUGUUGGUCAAAAAAGGAAAACGCUUGAUGAUCACGCAACACAGAUUUUGGUGUGACUCACAGGACGCAUCACAAGUUCCAUCCUCCCAGGCCCAGACAUUUUUGCAUUUGAUACUGGUGGAGGUGGAGGCCACUGGAACAACCAACAAAGCAGCUCCACGACGGUAUCAAAAGGAAAAAUCCCCCCUCCCCAUAUUGAAAAGGUAUGUUGCCGAAAAUUUGCGUUGCUGAUUUAAGGUCACAAAUCGUCUCUGUGUUGCAUGAAGGCAACGCCACAAGCUCCGCCGCAUUCUACAGGCGGUCUGUCAUGCUGUUUUAGCUACAGCGCAGACGUCUGUCAUGCUAAGCGCCUAGGCCAAAGCCUGCCGACUCAGGCUCAGUAUGUGCCUGCAGUCCUCGCCAGCAAGACAAAUCUGAUUUGUGUACGCACAUCCAGCAGCAGAAGCUUCGUUUUGAUAUGGGGAGGGGGGAUUUUUCAUUCUGAUAGGGUGGCGGGGCCGCGGGUAAGGAUUGGCGCAAUCCCGAUGUCACUGAAAACGACGUGUGGACCUUUCUUGAUUCCCACGCGAAGGAACAGGUAAAAAGUGGAGUUUUAGUAAAGCAGAAUGGUGGACGAGAGGGCGACGUAUCUAAGAGCAUGGUGAUGAACAUCUCGAAUCUCCUACACAGACCCCUGGCCAUGUAUUACAGUGAAAAAUGCCUCCGCCCCAGAACUUGGCAGCAUUUGCGUUGCAGACCUUUCCUAUGGAAAUUUUCCCCGUCUUGCAUGUAUCAGCAUCACAAAUUUUCCAUGCUGAAAGUGAAUAGCUCAAACCUGUGUUGCAAAGGAGACCAACAGCAGUCGGAUCUGUUAUGCAAAAGAUGCCUUGCGUGCCCAGAUUCUGCAUCAGAAAGGCUCGUAGUCCUUUCUUGCAAGACAAAAGGCUUUCAGUUGGAAACUUUGCAUGAGAAACUCUUUCGCACAUUCCGGGGUGGGGGCAUUUCUCAUUGUAAUACCAUGGACACGGAUUUCAUCGCGCAAGUUGUGCAGUACAUCGAGCGGGAAGAGAUGCGAGCUGCGUACAAGAAUGAUCCGCAUCAAAGGAACAAUUAUAGGGACAACACCAAACACGAUCGUCACCCUUCAACAGCUGCAUCCUCGUCGUCUUCCACCCCUUCCGCCGGCGCCAUCCUGAUUUUCGUGCCCGGGUGGAUGGAAAUCACCGACACCAUGAAGGCGCUAAAAAAGUUGAAAUCUUCCACCCCGGACUUCAGCAAGAACGGCAUCGAGUGGCGGUUCCUGCCGCUCCACUCCAUGGUCCCUAUGGAUUGCAAAAAUGUCUGGGUCUGGAAGAUUGCAACUUGUGAUGCUGUCUUUGGACUCGAAAAAAAUUUGCAUUGCAUGACCAGCAAGAGGGGUACAAUUUGUGUUACACGGACAGGGCAUUUCUCAUGCAGAACGUGCAUCUGGAAGCCCUCUAAAAGUCUGCGAUACUAGGUCAUGCAUUACAGGCAUCAUGGGUCAUGAGAAAUAUGCAUCACAGAUCUUGCAUUCUUCCAGACCCAGACAUUUUUGCAUUUGAUAGUCCCGCCGAAUGAGCAAAAUUUGGUGUUCAAAAAGGUGGAGAGGCACGUCCGAAAAAUCAUCAUCAGCACCAACAUACGCAUUUUGCAAAAGUCAAUCUCAAUCGUACUCGUGCUUCUUCUAAUCGCAGUCAUGCAUUAGAAAUGUCUUUGUUUGUUCUGUAAGUCAAAUCCGCAUCAGAAAUUUCAUUUCUCAUCAUGCUGCGAAAAUUUGUAAUGCGACUUAUACUAGUGCGAUGCUUUUGCGUUUGCAGUGCAUACAUUAUUGCGGAAACGUCCGUGACGAUCGUAUCCUGGAAAAAAACAGUGUAAGUGUAACUUUGUAGGAUGAGCAGCAUGACAAAUUCGUUUUGCAUUACAGGGAAAACCUGUCAUGCGCAGCUAGUACGUGGAAACACGUACUAUGAAAGCAGCCUGUGACCACGCACAGUCCAGCAUGACAAGUAUAACGGUGUUGCACUUUCUGCAUCACAGACUUACACUCACAAAAUUUUUUCCUGCGAUAGAUCGAAGACGUGGUGUAUGUGAUCGACACCGGGCUGAAUAAGGGAACCACCUACACCCCGGAGACCAACAUCGCCGCCUUAGAGACGCUCCAGUGCGCGCGCAGCAACGUGCAGCAGCGGCGUGGACGCGCCGGGCGGAGCAGGCCGGGGCAGUUCUUCAAGCUGUUUUCCAAAUACGAGUGGGAAAACUGCAUGGCGGACCACGAGGUGCCGGAAAUGCUGCGGACGCCGGUGGAGGAGCUCUGCUUGCAGGUGAAGGCACUGCAGCUCCCGGGGCUUCUGUCGAUCCAGGAGACCCUGAGCAAAGCAAUCGUGCCGCCGGAGAGACUGGCCGUGCAAAACGCGGUGGCCCUGCUGCAGGCCUUGGGGGCGCUUGUCGUGAACGACAGAAGUAGUUUUAAUAGGGGCCGCGGCGCGGCGAACCCUGUAGAACAAGUAGAUCGUCAGCAAGAGGAGCCGGAGUCUCUCACGCCACUCGGGUGGAAGCUCUCCAUGAUCCCCUGCCAUCCCUGCCUCGGGAAAAUGCUUCUGCUCGGAAGCCUGCUGUCGGGCUCCUCAGCAUCCACGAACCCGAUGAAUCAAUCGUCGAACACGAACAGUAGUUCUAGUUCAUCAGCAAGAAGAGGAGUAGGGUUACUAGAACAAGACACUUCUAGCAACAUCCACCCGGACCUCCUGUCCAUCUGUGCAACCCUGUCCUUCAAGACGCCCUUUGUCCUGCCCUUCGGCAAAGAAAAGGAGGCUGACGCGGCGAAGCUUAACUUCGGGUUUGGGCUGUGGAGCGACCACUUGCUGUUUGCGAAGGUUAUCCGCAGCAGAAACGUCGCCAACCCACAGUCAGGAUGGGUAAAUCUGCUAGACAAAUUAGCCAGCUUUGGUUGUUGCGCAUGACAGCUUUGGCCUCGUAGUGGACUCCUCGACUUAGCUUGUUCAGCAGCAUCACAGACCUCGCCUAUUAUGCUGAGCGGAGCAUUACAAAUCCCACUAAACGACUAGAAAAUGCUUUUCAUGGGGGUCCGCAUAAGAAACACUUUGAGCAUGCGGAAUUGCAUGACAACUAUGUGGUGGGGACGUUUUUACAUAGGAUAAAGGUGUACUUCGAGUUUGCGAACAAGUUUCACUGCCAGCCCCACGGCGGCGGGUUCUACGAUUGGUGCGACAGAAACUUCCUAAGCAGCAAAACGCUGGAGAUGACGGAAACCUGUCGCAAGGACCUGUUGGGCUACUUGAAGGACCUGCAUCUCGACGAUGGUAGUAGUGUUGCUCGCCAAGGAAAAAUGGAUUACAACGCCGCCCUGACGUAUCCCACGGAAACAAGGCUGUUCUUUCACUGUCAUGAGUUUAUUGCAAGAUCUGCACCUUGUUCACAAGUUGGUUACACAUAAUGGCACAGAGAAUUAUUUUCCAUGCGCGCUUCCCAAUUGAAAACACCUUCACUAUAUAUAACUCCAAUGUCUUUAUGAUGCACGAUGUGCUGUAAGACAAAUAGCUACUAAGUUUGUAAUAUUCCAUGCUAUGCAUCACCAUGACAGUGAAACAGUUCUUACUUUCGAUAGAACUCCUCGAAAGAAGGCGCUGCUGCACUGCGUGCUGGCGGCGUCGCUGAACUUGGCUGUGCAGCUGCCUUCGGAGCAAGUGUUUAAGGGAUUGACCGACAAGGUCUCCUGCCAGCCGCACCCAAGUUCGCUGAUCAAAAACAUCGGUGCCGGGAAAAAACCGAAGAGAACUGCUCGAGGGGCGAACAACAGUGACGGCGCGAAGCUGCACCUGGCGGCCUACUUCGAGCGGAUGAAGACCAGCGAGGUGUACUUACGGGACAACACCUUGAUCCAAGAUGUUUUGCCCCUCGUACUCUUUCUCCCAGAAGUGACCCAGCGACAAGAAGUUGCUCCUGCAGCUAUUGAAGACGACGUUGACAAAGACAACUACAGUUCAUCAACAUCCUGUGUUUUUGAGGUGAAGGGCACGGAUCUGCUCAUCAGCGUGCCCCGUCCAGACAACGACUCAGACGUGGUUCUAGCUGUUGAUACAGGGCGGGCGGGCCGGGGCCACCAGCACGGGAUGAACAAAACCAACGGCGGAAGGAGCGCGCAAAGUUGGCACAAGAACAACAACGAAAAAGCUUCUUCCUGGGGACAGAACUUCUACGACGACUGGGGAGGACUGGAGGACGACCACAUGGAUUGGGACGAUGAUGCUGGGUCGUGGAAAGAUUUUUACGAAGAAGACCACGACAGGUCGUGGAAUAAACAAGUGCAAGAUGAUCAAAGUGGUCCACGAGGAUCGUCCCCUGCCACAUCUUCAGAGGAGCAAAUCGCGAACCUGCUCGCUUCCAUCCGACAGAAACUGAAUACGCUGAUUGACCGCACGAUCGGCGUUUCUGCGCAGCAUCUUCCCGCCGAGGUGGGCGCUGCUUUCCACGUGUUGCAGCAGGUGCUCGAGUAUGCAUUGCAAAAGCAUGGUAAGUACUAGUAGAAAUCGCAUGACAAACAAUUCUCUAAGCAUGAAAAAUGGAAUUUGUAAUGCGGAUUCACCUGCGCAAAGAGAUUUGUAAUGCAUGAUUGCAAUCAGUACGAGUGCGAUACUUUUGCAGUCCAUAUCGAGGCCAGCUACUCCGAAGCAAAUGAGCAGGAUGUGGAGUGCUCUGCGUGCGACAAAGUGGAAACCUUUGUGCUGCUGGAACAAGCGGAUGAACAAGAGGAAGGGUUGUAACCGUAAGUUGCGUAAGCAUGGACGACCAUUGCUCAGAAGUGUGAAAACUACUAGAAGGUUCUUCCCGCCGGCGCUCUGGAGCUGGGCCACGGCGCUGUUGUGCAUCGCAUGUGAAAAGAAAAACUUCGAAUUCCUCGAGCGAUAGCAUUUUCAGGCCCCCUCAUGUUCUGGAUUGUGACGUGAGCAUUGUGUAGUAGCUGUUUUCUUUUUCUUUGAGACAAAAGAGCGGACAAC